ACCUGGAGGUGUCUAAGGUCUCGAGUUCGCGACCAGUAUUGAGAAAAUUUUCAGGUGUAAAAAUAGUGAGAAAUCAAUAAAAGAGCUAAAUUUCAUUUAAAAUCAACAUAAGCUGACUAGUUGCAAUCGUUUUUGCAAGAUAUAUUUUUCUGUUUAGGGCUUACAUUUAUUUGAGGUUUUUGUUAAGGUUAACCCUCAUUUCGGUGUUGAUCGUCAAUUGACGAUCUGAAUUUACACUAAACAUUUGAGGGUUCUUUCGAGAAUAUUUUUACACCAAAAAUUGGGUGUUUUUUUCAAAAGGGUAUACAAAGGAUAUUUAGCCAUCUUUAUCUGCCUCUCAAUCUCGGCUGUUCAUUUGGAAGUAGUCACAGAUUAUUCGACUAAAGCAUUUAUCGUAGCCUAUAAACGCUUCACUAGACGUAAAGGAAUCUGCGCGACAUUGUAUAGUGACUGCGGUAUAAAUUUUGUUGGCGCAGAUAAGGCUUUGCGACAAAGAUUUAGUGCUGUCUCUCAGGAACUCAAGGAACUUGCUGCUCUGCUUGCGAACAAUGGUACUAUGUGGCAAUGCAACCCGCCUUCAGCAUCUUACUUCGGUGGCAAAUGGGAAGCAACGACCACUCUCGCCUCUAACAGAAGAUAGUGAUGAUGUCUCUGGUCUUCUAACUCUUGGUCACUUCCUUAUCGGAAAACCUUUAAAUACAGUGCCUGAGCCCAAUCUGACCCAUCAGCUUACUAGCCAGUUGACCCGUUGGCAACUCUUCCGGCAAAAGGUGGAACAUUUUUGGAAAAUAUGGUCCUCUGAAUGCCUCCAGCGCUACCAGUCCAUCUCGAAAUGGCAUCAUUUCUCCAACCUAAUUCAAGAGGGUUCUCUAGUACUUUUAAUAGACGAAAGAUAUCCUUCUGCGAAAUGGUCUUUCGCCCGAGUGCAGCUUCAUCCCGGAACAGAUGGACUUAUGCGAGUGGUAACCGUACACACUACCACUUCAACGUUGACUCGGCCAAUUGCAAAGCUAUACAUACUCCCAGUAGCAAGCCACGAAAAGGUGUUCAGUAAUUCCGUUUUUGAAGGGCGGAAUGUCGAAGAAUCCUGAGCGAUUCCAAAAGGCCAGCUCAGAAUAUUUCCGAUUUUUGUGAGCCCACGGCGGCGGAGUUUUAAAGCCCACGGCAGUGGAGAUUUAAGCCCACGGAGGCAGAGAUUUUCGAGCCUACGGCAGCGGAGUUUUAAAGUCUACGGUGACGGAGAUUCUCGAAUCCACGGCGGCGGAAGACCUUUAAGGCACAAUCAAUUUCUAUGUUCGAGGGCCCACGGCGGCGAAGAUGCUAGCGAGCUCCGGCAACUCGUCAGUAAACUCAUACAGUUCAACGAGAUCUCAUGAGUCUAUCGCUCUCUCGCGAUAGUAGAGAACUCUUAAUCCGCGAGUCUCUGCGACUCUCCUCCGAGCUCAUCAUGCCCUUGAGACUUCGCUCUUAUGUUACAGGUGUUUAGCAACCGAGAAAAAUAGUUGUUAUUGAUCUCAUAAGUUUUGUUCUCGCUCUUCUUUUGGAAGUUGUCGAGAAGACGCACAGCAACUAUC